UUCUCUGCUGCGUCUCUGGCAGGUCUCCCGAUACUUGCUGCAUUGGCUAAUGUUUACAGUCCUAUGGUUCGCCUGUAGUCCAGCACAAGGUGUUUGGAAACAUGGAGGUGACAGCAGCACGCCGUUCGUUUCUUUGUGAUAUCGGGUUCUGGGCAGACCGGACUGCCCUGCAUGAAGCAGCGUCCCAUGGCAGGGCCCUGCAGCUGAAACAGCUGAUAGAAAGUGGAGCAUCAGUCAACAUGGUGACGGUGGACAACAUCACUCCGCUCCAUGAAGCCUGCAUACAGGCUCAUCCAAACUGUGCCCGGCUGCUGCUGGAGGCUGGAGCCCAGGUGGAUGUACGGACCAUCCAUGGCAGCACUCCUCUGUGUAACGCCUGUGCUUCUGGCAGCUUGGAGUGUGCCAAGCUGCUUUUGGAGUACAGAGCCAAAGUUAACCCAUCCCUCACAGCUCUCACUGCCUCGCCACUCCACGAGGCCUGCAUUCAAGGUAAUGUUGAAGUAGUGAGGCUGAUGAUAGCCAGCGGUGCCAUGCUGGAGGCGUAUGAUGUCCAUUUUGGUCCACCCCUUCACAUCGCAUGUGCUAAAGGACACGUGGACUGUGUCAAGGAGCUGCUUAAUGCAGGUGCCAACGUGAAUUCUGUCACGUUCCACGAGACAGCUUUGCACCAUGCAGCACGAGUCAACAUGGUGGACAUGAUCGAGCUGUUGGUGGAGUUUGGAGCUAACGUGUACGCCAGCGACAACCUGGCAAGGAAGCCCAUAGACUACACAACACCUGCCUCUCCUGCUUACGCCUGCCUCAUGUUUUAUGAAAGUAAUCCUCUGAGCCUGCAGCAGCUUUGUAGAAUCGCCGUGAGGAUGAUGCUUGGUACCAGAGCCUUAGAGGUCAUAGGUCAGCUGGACAUUUCCCACCGCAUCCACAGCUACCUCCAGUACUGUGAUCAUCCCACAUCAUUAUGUGACACCUGAACUGAUGUUCUAAACCUGUAAGAGAGACUGGUGAUAUUCUCUUAAAAUGUCUCCACUCUAAAAAGAAGCAUCAUGGACAACAUAUCAGCUAAUAAAAUGUUAGGUUAGCCACCAUAUUUCUUUGAUAUGUCAUGUGACUCAGGAUUGAUGUCAUCAUUGCUUCUUUAAUUGUCCAUCUCGUUGUAUUGUAAUAUAAUGUAGUGUAUUAUGCAGUAUCUAUCCUGACGUAGAAUAAAUUGUCGUUCUUCACA